AUGUGGUACUAUAAGAGUGCGUUAAAUGGAGUUCUAUUAUUUUUACAAAUGAAUUCAGCGUUCACAGAAGUUGAUUGCGGUGAUCCACCAGAUAUCCUGAACGCCUACCGUGAAGUCAAUAUUUCAACAAGUAAUCUUUCUACUACAGAAGGAUCGGUAUGGUAUUAUCAAUGUUUUGAACGGUUUAAAAAUGUAUCAGGAGACGCUUUAAGGAUCUGUAAGUCAACUGGAUUUUGGGAAGGCAAUGAUAUAAAAUGUGAAGUUAUAAAAUGUCCAGAGCCUCAGUAUAUAGAUAAUAGUUUUAUGAAUAAAGAGACUAAUGAAUAUAAUACCUGGGUGAUAUACACGUGUUUUCCUGGUUAUUAUAAAACAUUAGGAAAUCUAGAGAGGAGGUGUACUGCUGGCGCUAUAUGGAGUGGUGAACAACCUUAUUGUGCUGAAAUAUAUUGUCCAUUUCCCAAGAAACCAUUGAGGUCGACACCACAAUUUACAUCAUUAAAAUGGAAAGGUACUUUAUCAUAUACUUGUGAUUAUGGUACGUCUUUAGCUAGCGGUAACCUCACACGACAUUGUUCAGAUGACGCUACCUGGGAUGGUGAAGAGCCAGUUUGUGAAGAAAUUCGAUGCGGCACUCCACCAGAAGUAUCCAACGCCACAACAAACCACGAGGAACCAAUAUCAAAUUAUGGAACUAUCAUUUAUUAUUCUUGUGAUCAUGGUUACCUCAAUUCUGGAGGUAAAAUCUAUUCUGAAUGUGGACGAGAAGGUGAUUGGUCUGAAGUAGAUCUAGAUUGCGUUGGUGUUUAUUGUGGUAAAGCACCGUUAUUUAUUGGCGCUAAAAACAACGCGUCUGGUGAGAUGUACAUGGAUAUAGCAGUAUAUGAAUGUUUUAUACAAUUAGAUGACCAUAUUGAAACCUGGAUUAAAACAUGUAACCAAUAUGGUGUUUGGGUGGGCAAGGAACCCGAAUGUACAGAUGGAUGGUAUGAUAAGAAGUUUGAACCAGAGCCAGUAGAGGCACCAGGAUCUGUUGGAAUUGGUAUUACUGUAUUCGCCAUAUUUGUUACACUGAUCAUUUGUAUCAUCAUAUUGGAUGUAGCUACACUGAAACCACAUUUCGUCUAUCUGAGACGAAACCUUAAGGAUUUCAGAAAGACUGUAAGGAAGCAGUAUAGAAUCCUGAAAGCUCAUCCUAAAUUCAUUGACUUUACGUAUAAAAUUAGAAUGAAGAAAUGGGAUGAGAAGAGAUUGACUCAAAUCCGUCCAGAAUCUUCUCCGCCUAGUGUUCUUGGUGAGGUCACAGACUGA